GCUCGAGCUUCUGAAGACGUGAUUGGUCAAUAGCUAUGGGGCGCGCGUUCUUUUGUCACCGGGGUUGUGCUUUCUCGAGUGGGCGGACCAUAGCGGUGACAGCGACGCUCGGAGUCUCCCGACAAAGUGUCAAAAAGCAAACAACUAAAGCCAUGGCGGAGUUAGACUUGAGUCUGAGUGACGCUCUGACAGACAGCGCUCCACAGCAGGGUCCUGAAAGCUUGGUGGAAAGGGACUUUGUGGCUCAGUUGGAGGCAGAGACCUAUGAUGAUCAGAUCGGGGAGAAGGUUGGCAAGACAGACUACAUCCCCCUGCUGGACAAUGACGAUGCAGAUACUGCUUUGGGAAAUGGACAACAGCAAGCUGAGGGCGUGCAAAAGCCUGCGUGCAAAGCGACCACAGGGGGGCAGUCAUCAAUGUUGCACCCAGAGAGCACAAGAGAGAAGAACACACACAAAGUCAACCAGCAGCAGGUCUUGGCAGAGGACUUCUUGUCAGGUUUCUGCCAGCCUGCAGGAUUAGGAGCCAACAUGGAAGUGGGGACAACUCUUCUCCCAGCAGCCAAGCCUCCAAGUAUCGCUGAUCCUCUGCAACCAUCGUCAGGGUCAGACGCCCCAAAAAUGUCCAACAGCCCCAUGCUGCCUGAACCCCAAGCCCCUCGCAGCCCUUUGGACCUGUCAGCAGGUGCUUUAGGUGACUGCUGGCCAGACCCGACUGGCUGCCUUUCGCCCGAACUUCCUUUCACCCCCAGCGUGACCUCUGUGAUAAAUCGCCACGCCAACAGUCUCGCCAUGACCCCCGACACUCCCCCGGAGACCUGGCCCGGCAGGGAAAGCGCCGCCUACGCCGCGGCCGACGAACGGGACGGAGAGGAGUCGGACAGAAAACAGAAGAAGAAGAAGAAAAGGCGACAAAAAGACGAGGGCUCUCACGAACACUUUGAGGUGCAGUCCCAGGGAGAAAACGCCGCCUCGGCGCAACUGCCCCCUCAGCAGAAAAGUGGAGAUGGUGUGUGGGAAGAGCAGAUUUGGAAGAGUGGAGGGCGGGGUAAGAAGGGGAAAAGCAGGAAGAAGAUUCCAGAAGAGUGGGAAGUGAAUCCUGAACAAAUGGAUACUAGAAUCACACAGGACGUGAUGAAGGAUCUUGGAGGUUCAGCUCUGAUUGACAUUUCAUUUCCUGACCCCAUGCAGACCUCCUGGAAGAAGGAGAUCUUCACAGAGGAAGGUUUGAUUCCCGCUCCUUUAUCUCACGAUCUGUUGUCUCCUGAGAGUGUUUCCAUCAGUCCACUUGUGCUGAACAGCGAGCUGAAAGCCACGGCAGCUCCGUUCACCAUGCCCUCCUCCACCUGUCCUGGACCUGCAGGCUCCUUAGCCGGGCCUCAAAGUCCAGAUGAAUCCUUCAAUCUGCUGAUCGAUGUUAAAGAUGUGGACAUGGUUGACAGCGGGAUGUUUGACAGCAGCAGUUUUUUUCAGGAGCCUCGUAUACCAGCCACGGAUACGUCUGCUUUUAGUCCUUCUCCGCAGCCGAGCGCCAGCCUUUCCGUAGAAGGUGCGGUGUUGGCGUCGGCCCCGCCCCUGUCCCCGUCAGACGCUUCAUGGCUGCUGAACAACUCGCAAGUGAGCAGCAAUAACGAGCUGUUCGAUUUCAGCGACACGAGCGCUCAACGUCCAAGCCUGGCCUUCGACACCCCAAGCCCCGCCCCCCUGCGCUCCCCUAAAACCACAGCACAACAAUCCAAAAGCAAGGAUCACAAACAUGACCUAAAACAAUCCAAGAAGUCACGUUCUUCUCCUCUUCAAAGUCCGACAUCAGCAGACGCGAACCAGUUCCCGCCAGCAGAGUGUGCAGGUAUCAGCCCAGCUUCUUCCCCAUCGGCCAGCCCUCUCGGACCUCCUGGAUCUGCUCUUAAUCCUGCAGCCAAGCCUUUCUUCCCCAGUUUUGCUGAUUCUUUGGAACAACCAACUGUGGUCGCCCCCGCCAUCCAAGACAUCAAGGUCAAGUCAGACAAAAAGGAGGAAAAGCCGGAUGUGGAUGAAACUGAGCAGAAGAGCGUGAAGGUUGAAUGUGCAGUCAGUGAAGCAGCAACUAAGACGGAGAUUGACAAAGAAAAACAAAACAAAUUGUGGAAUGAACCUGAAAAUCUGCAUGAGAAGGAGAAGACGGAGGCAGAGAAGUUUUUAAAUGAAGCAAAAGGUGAGGAAGAGAAGGGAAAAGAAUCAGAAAAGAUUCCUAAUGAAAAAGUGAUAGUUAAAGAGGAACAAGAGAAGGUUGAAGAAAAGACAAAUCAGUCUGAGAAGGAAAAAAUAUUGCAGCAGAAAAUGGAAGAUAAAAGUCAGAAAGUGGAAGAAAGUGCAACCAACAAGAAGACAACCACAACUUUUGAUGAGGUGGAAAAAGUGGAAACGUUGAUGACAAAGAAAGAUGAGAGCGUUGAAAAGAAAAUGUCAGAAAAGGAUGAAAAAACUAAAAAAGUGAGCAAAGAACAACAUGUUGGAGACAAGGUGGAAACACCAGAGCAGCUGGUGACGUCUGUUAAGAUCCACGCUGCUCCUGAAAAGACAGAGAAGAUGUCUGACGUGAUGACGGACAUGUUGGAAGCUUCUAAACCUUCAGUUGUUGUGGAGAAAGUGAGGAUAGAAGAAGAAGAAGUAAAGAUAGUUAGUGGGAAAACAGCAGAGGUGAAUCAGAUCAUCCAGAAAGAAGAGCCGAAAGACAAAAUUAAGAUUGUGGAGAAGGAGGACAAGAAAGAGGACAAGAAGGACGAGAAAGAGGACAAGAAAGACGAGAAAGAGGACAAGAAAGAUGUCAAAAAGGACGAGGAGGAGGUCAAGAAAGACGUCAAAAAGGACGAGGAGGACAAGAAAGACGAGAAGAAGGAUGAGAAGAAAGACAUCAAGAAGGAUGAGAAGAAAGACGAGAAGAAGGAAAAAGCAGUGAAGACAGAAGGAGUCGACAAAGCCAAGAAAACAAAAACUUUCACUAACGGGAGCAGUGGAACAAGCAAAGAAUCAACAAGUGCCGACAAAAAGACCAAGCCUGCUGGAGUUACGGCUGCAACCAAACCGAGUGCCGCCGCCGCCAAAACACGGCAGGUCUCUGCCGCUGCUGGUAGCAGUUCUGCAGCAACAACCACAAAGCGCCCCACACCCCCAUCAACCACUGCCAUCUCAGACAAAAAAAACACAACCACAAAGGCCCCAUCGACGGCUGCUGCUGGCCCAAGGCGGCCUUCCUCCAACACUACAAGCCGCCCCUCAUCGUCAGCCACCACUACUACUACAACACGUGACGUCAAACCCAAGACUCUCGCGGAGAAGCGCCCCCCCGUGUCAAAGGCUGGUACUGCUGCCUCAAGUCAAGCAGGCUCGUCUGCCGCCAUCAAAAAUGGAACAACGAGCACAACAUUGACCACAAGAACAACAACAUCAACGCGUACGACAACAUCAGCUCGCACUACCGCCCCCAAAAAGCCGCCGGCCUCGAAGACAGACAGCCAAUCAGGUGUGGAGAAGAAGCCCAGCACUCUAAAAACCUCCACAGCUGAUUCCACCAAACCUAAGACCACCACAACAACAACAACUCGGACUUCCAGUUCCACUGCGACCGCUGCCUCGCGCGCACGAGCCGCAGCCACCAAAGCGAGCUUACCUUCCACCACUGCAGUACCGGAGAAGAAGCCAGCAGUACCUCGUGUUCCAAGGACCACAUCUUCAGCAGCAGCAGCAGCUACCAGCACCAGCAGCUCCUCCAGGACUACAGCUCGUCUUGGAACUUCAUCAGCGCCUGACAUCAAGAACGUUCGCUCUAAGAUCGGCUCUACGGACAACAUGAAGCACCAACCAGGCGGUGGAAAGGUGUCAGCAGCCUCUAAGAGCAGAGGUCUGGCCUCCAAAGAAACAAGCCAGGUCAAAGUUCAGAUAGUCUCCAAAAAACUGGACUUCAGUCAUGUGGGCGCACGCUUGGGCUCCAAGGACAAUAUGAAGCAUGUUCCUGGUGGAGGGAAUGUGCAGAUCCUCAGCAAGAAGGUGGAUUUAAGCAAGGUGACGUCAAAGUGCGGCUCUAAGGACAACAUCAAACACAAGCCUGGUGGCGGUAUUGUGAAGAUCGAGUCACACAAAGUGAACUUUAGAGAAAAAGCUCAGUCCAAAGUGGGCUCCAUGGACAACGUGAGCCAUUCCCCCGGUGAAGGAAACGUCUGGGCUGAGGGGGCCCAGGAGACAGGAGAGGGUGUUGGGACCCCAUCCCUAGCACCUGGCCCAGAGUCUGGGCAGGUGGGGAGCCUUCCUGCACAUGAGAAUGGGCUGAAGGAGGGGGCUCUGUGUGAUAAUGAGGGCCUCCAGGAGCCCAAGGCUCUGGUUGCUCACAUCCCAGAGACAAGCAUCUAAUACUGCUAUCCCUCUGCCCCCCCUUGCCCCCCAUCUCUCCUCCACCAUGUUGUCUACUCCCUUCCCUCGUCAUCCCGACUCUCCUCCCCCUUAUUCUCUUUCCAACAUUUCUGCCGCAGAUUGAGUCGUUCAAGCUAAACUUCCGCGAGAAGGCUCGCUCACGCACGGACCACGGCGCCGACAUCAUCACCUGGCCCGCCUCCCAUGACGACAACAGACCCCACCCUCGUGGUCCCUCCCACAGCAGUGUGCCCCUUAGUGAGAAGUUGGCUCCCCCUCUGUCCCUUCCUCGCAUCCAGGGGGGACAACCGCAGCCCCUUAAAGGAGUCUUAGCCCGCCUUUCAAGCUCCUAACCCCUUUGCGCCUACCCAGCAUGCACCAUUCUUCUGUACUUACGGUAUCUGCACGGACUGCUAUGAUGGGAAACCAGGAGGGCAAAUAAUUGCUGACAUGCUCUCCAAAGACAGAUUUGUUGCUUUUCCUUUCCAACUCGUACAGUUCGCAGAGCUAAACAUUAUUUUAUUAUUUGUUCCCAGUAAUGUAUCUGCCUACUAUAAUAAUUCAUCACAUCUUUACUCUAGCCUAGAAAUAUAAACAAGCUAGCAUACGGAGAAAAUACAUUUUAGACUGUUAAACUUUGUGAUAGUGUUUUAAGUGACAAACAUAAAUAAAUGAUAAAUGAUAAAUGGGUUAUACUUGUAUAGCGCUUUUCUACCUUCAAGGUACUCAAAGCGCUUUGACAGUAUUUCCUCAUUCACCCAUUCACACACACAUUCACACACUGAUGGCGGGAGCUGCCAUGCAAGGCGCUAACCAGCAGCCAUCAGGAGCAAGGGUGAAGUGUCUUGCUCAAGGACACAACGGACGUGACUGGGAUGGUAGAAGGUGGGGAUUGAACCCCAGUAACCAGCAACCCUCCGAUUGCUGGCACGGCCACUCUACCAACUUCGCCACGCCGUCCCAUAAACAAGCUUUUUACUUGUUGAUUACCUCUUAGCUUUUUCAUUCUAAGACCUUAUUUAUUUCUUAUCAUUUGAAGUUUUAGUAGAGUAGAAAGGGGAUUCAUAUGGCCUCAUUCGUCGCAGUUUACCUGACACAUGAAACGUGACAAAUUGGGAGGCCGCGCUAUCCACUUUCGCCGUCAGACGGGAGUAGUGUUGGAUAUUUUAAAAUGUGUUUUGUGGCAAUCCCAACUUUGACCACAGCGUCAGUUGCUAUGUAGAGUGGCACUUUCCAUCAUUUUCAGCAAAAUGAUUAACCUCCCACCUUCCUGUCUCCUGAGAUCCACCCAGGAAUGGGGCCAUAUCAAUCUCUUCCCUACCGUAUAUCAGCAACAUCGACUCGGGAAAAAUCCUGUUUCAGCAUUUUGUAAACUAACAACGGACUCACUGUUGGCCAGGGGUGUCCUAACUUUUGGACUGGAUUUGAUACAUUUUGUGCAUUAAACAUGUAAAACGCCAAUACGUGCUAAGCUAACUGAACAAAACAUCCGAGCUUUGGGUUAAAGCAAAUACAACGGAACAGGUUUAUUUCAAAAAGCCGUCUGUGGACCAAUUCAAGCCCAAAAAAGUGCCCGCUUAAGUUGACGUCGACAUACAUAAAGCCUUGGAAAAAAUGGUUAGUUUAAAUCGACGUUUUGUAGACCGCAAUAAGGAACAACUCACAAUCAGAUUCAGAAUCGGUUCAACACGAUUCUCUAUUCAAUACGAUUCUCACAAUAUUUUCUUUGGUAUGUAAAAUAUAAUAAAACCUUUUCAAAGCAGGUCACAAAAGCUCCUAUUUGCUGAUGACACAUGAUAAUUAGGUGAGCGCGAAAAUGACAUUUUGAAUCGAUUUUUUUCCAGCACCCCGAGACAGCAACGUUACUGUUGUCCUAAAACCAGCGCCCAGAGCCUUCCUGUUUAGUGCCAGGCAGUAUUCACACAAAGAAAAAUAGGCUCAGCACGUGCAAGUAUACGAGUGCGACCUUUAGACACAAGAGAUGACCUUGAGAUGGUGUUAAGAGGAAAGUGAGCAAAGAAAUUAUGCUAGGUGAGUUUUUAUUGAAAGCAUGUUUCUUGAGUAAGUUUAAAAUAACACAGAUAGAUGAGCUAAAUGGUUGCAGUGACGUUCCUGAAGUUAUCGGUGUAGUUCCUUACUUUCAACACGGCACACAUCACAAUCAUAAUGGCUGACCUGUGCAAUUUUAAGUGUUUAUCAUAGUUUUUCUGCAUACUAUUUUUUUAGUAUGUUAAAGUCCUCAACAAGCUGAUUUAGUUGUCAGAAUAAAAAUAAUAACUGGAAAAAAUUCCCACAUCAAUUUUGAAUGGGCCUGCUAUUUAUUGCUAACCUCUGAUUGACUUUUGAGACCGACUUCUUUAAAACUAUUUUACCCUGCCAUGCUUAUUAGUAAACAGAAAUGCCAACAUAAUGUGGGGGGUUCUUUGUGCGGUUCGGAGUAAUCAGAUGCUGCAGGCCCAUAAAAAUAGUAGCAAAGAAUUAUAACGCAAUGGAACAAUUGUCACCUGUACCACUUUUACAAUUUGAUUGAUUUAGCACAUUUUGACAAACACUGAAUUGCGUGUUUAACUCAUCUAAAUGAAGAAUAUUUCUAAAAUUGGGACAUCCCUGCCUUACGUGACAAUUUUGCAAACAAGGAAGUAGUGAUAAUAACAUGGUGUUUCAUCUAAAAACAACAAUGCUCGCUAAUUAGUGACUGCAGGAUGUGAGCAAAGGGGAAGUAGUUUUUGGUCAUUAAUAGUUGAAGUUUAAAAUUUAAACAGAACAUCUCAUAUUAGAGGAUUUAGUAGAUUUGGAUCGUUCUUUUGUAAAACUCAUGUUGUUUGUUUAAUGGCUGUCUUUGUUCCCUAACUGCAGUUUUGAAGCUUAGCGUUCCUAACAAAGCUCGUCUGUCAUGUUCUAUCUACUUGGAGGCAGCAAAGGGUUUAUAACGGAAGAGUAAUAAGUGUCCAGCAUAUUUAUUUUGUCGAUUCAACCUUGCUUGUACGGUGGACCUUCUAAAGUCAAGUGUUUGUUUCAACCUUCGCUUUCAUCAAAUGACCAGUCAGUUUUCCCUGUAAGAAAUGCAAGAAACCGAAUAAAUGAAAUUGUCACCAUCCUAAAACCUUAAGCAUAAUAUUUUAACUAACCCCGCCCGUAACAAAUAACGAACAGAAAAAUAACAUCAUCACAACUCUGACUUGACGUCUCAGCGUUUUAACUUUUGCCCACCAAAUAUUUAGAAUCAUUUGCCAUAUUUUUAAUCAAGAAGAACCCAAACUCAUUCGUACUUCACGUCAAAAUAAUGGCAAAAUUAUCACGCACCAAUCAAACUGUAUUUCUAAAUGAUUACUCAUUCAUGUUAAAUAUGUGUGACCUUGUUUAUAUGAAACGGGGACAACUCUCCAAAAUAAAUCAAAUAGCACAACCAAGUGUUGCCAGAUGGGAGAUGACAAAUUAUCUCAGCAAAAGCUUUAAACAUCACAUUUUGAGGAAAAACCCUCUAAAGUACAUACUCAUUUUGAUUAAUUCGACAUUGCAGGUGAAUUUAUCAGACCGAUGUGAUAAGUAUCGGAGAGAUACAAUUAUUAUUGUACGUCUGGCAACGCAGUUCACCAGUACUAUCCUGGUAAAAAAAAAAAGUGUGCCUUUUUUUUAUUUGUGUAAAAUGAUUUUUAAACUACUCAAACAUGAAUUUUAUUUGCUGAAUGUUUUGGAUUUAUAUCAAUAAAGCUUUCGUCAGAUAUUUUUAUUGGCCGGGGUUUUAACCCGCGCCCCCUCCUAUAAAAGACAUGUUUUAUUACACUAGCAGAGUUGGUGAAUUUUGCUCAUUUAUUUUGAUUGGUAACAAAGCAGGAGAGGGAAUAAUUACUCCAAAUGUCUUAUAAAGCAUCUUGUCUUUCAUUAAUUCCAUUGACAUUUUACUAUUACUAUUUUUCAUUCUCAUUGAAAUACAAGACAAAGUGUGUCUCUUUAAAUUCAUUGUGUACUUAUGUUUCUAAAUACAAGGCAAUAUCAUUUUUAAAGGGAUAAUGUCACAUUGUUAAUGAAUAUAUUCCUCAUUUUAAUAACAUUAAAUAUAUGUUUGUGAUUGUACUUUGAAUUGAACAAAGUUCAUAUAUUCAUCCUAAAAAAAAAUCUAACUAGGUAAAUAGAUUUAGUGUCUUCUUAGCAUUACGUCAGGCUUUUCAUAGCAAUUUUAAAGCUAAUAUUGAAAAUAUUUUGCUCGCUGGUUUUAUAUGAAUCCAUUGAAGAAAUAUAGCGAGGGCAGUUGAGUUGUAAUAUGUGACACCCUAUUUAAGCAUUAAAAUGGUUUAUUGCAUUAAAAAUAAGCUCCAUUGGUAAAAAAAAAUAAUAAUAAUUAUGAUAAGCUUUUGGAAAUUAGUUAGCUUAACUGACAUUUUAGGGAAGUUAAAUCCGACAGGACAGCUCCUCUUAAAUGUUUUCUUUACGUUCUUUAUAACUUACUGAGUUCAAGUAAAGCACAAAACUGUAUAGGGCACAUUUUUUAACACAUUUAAAAAGGGGUUAUUAUGACUUAAAGGUGCAUUAAACACAUCUGUGUCUUUAUUGGAAAAUGUCACUUUAAUGAUGGAAAUUGCACCUUAUUGAUUUAUCAGAAUAUAACAACCUAAUUAUGAAGGAAUGUUUGUCUAGACCACAUGAACAAAAUUAAAUGUAAACUCCUCCCCUCUACAAAAGCAAUGUGCAGGUUGUUCUUUGACGUAGUAAAAUGUUUUGGUGGUCACAAUGUGAGAAUUAUUUGGCAUCCUGUCAUCUUUUAUCUUUGCCUGUAACUGUGAGACUGCACACUGAUGUACUUGAUUGUAUUUUAUUGCAACAACACAAACGGUGACAGACUUAACCGGGCGGAGGCUUUUUUUUUUUUAAGGACAGACGGGCUUUGACGAUUUUUGAUGAUGAUUUAUAAAUGGGAAGGAAGGUUUCUAAUGUAAUCUAACUAUUCAUCCGGCGUAAAUUACUGUUAUAAAAUGUUAGCCUUUUUCGUUGGAAAGGGGCCAUUGAAGUGAAAGAAUGUCUUAGAUAUAUUGAUCCAUUUUUGUAUUUAUCCUAUUUCUUUAGCGUUGACAGGUGUGCUUUGAUGAGUGUAAGGGUUUUACCAUUUUAAGGAUGGGCAAAAUAACCGACUAACGUUUUACAGCGUGGUUGCGUUUGUGAUGCUAUGGUAACUGCUACGUUACGCUUUUUAUCAACAUACACAUGGUAUGCUAUCCGACGUCAGCUAAAACCAUUUAGGACAGCAGAAGACAAUUCCAAGCAAAUAGUUAUAUUUUGAUAAAGACGGGAAAAAACACGCUACUCGUAAACGGCGCGUGCAACAACAACAACAACAACAAACGUGGCUGUAGACGUGAAGUUUUAAGUCCUGAAAUGCAACUUUACCCGAGCAAAAACAAUACAUAUUUAUCUUGGAGAGUCUUGAUACCAAUUUCCUAGACCCAGCCAAACACAAAGAAGGUGUAGACCUCCAUGCUUUUACAAGUUUCAUCUGUUUUGUCGUGUAGUUUGACAUGUCUGGGAACGUGACGGACGGCUAAUCCUUGAUAUCACUCGACAAAUCUUUUUUUACAUAAAGUAUACGAUCUAUUUCAUUGAUUUUUUGCUCGUAUCUGCUUUUUGCAGGAAGAUCUAGGACUCUUGCAUACAAAAUAGUUCAGCACAACAGAACCUUAACUUGGUUACCCAUUUUUUUCACUUCCAGGAAGAAGUCACAUGUCGGAAUACAAGCAACACUGAUAUGAUUUAAAUUCAACAAUAUCGUACAUUUGCAAACAGCUGAAAUUAUGUACAAAGCAAACUAUAAUCUGCUGCCCAAGAAUUACAAAAAAUAUUCUCUACCAAGCACACACUUGAUGGGCGAAUGUCGAAAACAAGCAAGUUAUGCCAUGAAUAAUUUCAUAAAGUAAAACACUAAUGUAACAAAGUUAGCAGUGUUUGAAAACUAACAGUUAGUAUUAUUCCUCUACUGCUAAAACUUUCAUCCAAGUGUAAAUAAAGGAACAUUUUCUAAUCUACACUAUCCAUCAAAGUAUUUAAAAUCAUACCAAUGCACAGAAAAUGUUAUUUAUUUUGGAUAUGGACAAUACCACUGAACCAGUGUCAUUUUUUUGUUGUAAUUCUAUCAAAAGAAACUUCAAUUCUGUCUUUUCCCAACAUUAAAUUGAAUAAAACACAUAUUAAACUGUUCAAAAUGUGUAUUGAGCCAGCUCAGGCAACUUGAUUUACAAUAUUCCUAAGCAGGAACAUGAUUCAUGAGUAACAGGACUGAAUGUGCGUUUUUAGCAUAAAAGUAGAAAAUACAUCAAAUAUACUGAACUUAUGACACUAAGCACACAACACUGAUUUAACAAUAAAAUGAAUUACAUAACAGAACUGUGCUUAGAUUUUAACACCUUCCCCCCCCUUUCAGGCCAUUGUUUAAGACGUUUAGAAUGAUGCCAAUUGUGCAGAAUUGAUUAUUGAUUAAUCGCAUCUUGAAACCGUGAAGGCAAAAUGGAUGCACUACUUGCCUGCAACCAGUAGAGGCGCUCUUACUUCGUUUUCAAUUACAAAGAACGUCAACAAAGGGGAGAAUUCAUCUAAGGAAAUUCUGGCUGUGCUUCAAAUGUAAUACUUCUGUCAGUACAAUUAAAUACAAAUAUACUAUGUACACUGUGUACUAUGGGUGCGCAAAUUUAGACAGGUGUUGUCCCAAAUCGAAUAUGUGCGUAUUUGAUGACGAUCAAGAAUUUCACCCAGUUCUCUGUUUACUGCAUUUUGCAGUACACUCAAUGUGUGAAUGUCAGUGCACUCCAAAGACUAGGAAGUAAGACACAGCCUUUGUGUAAGCCCAUCCCUAAUGAAACAUAUUGAGUGCAGAAAAAAACAUGUCAGUUAGGGUUGGAAAAGCGGAACUAAAGCUGUCGGGUUUGGUUGCUCGUUCACAGCAGACUUGAGAGAGAAAACGUUAUUGCUGCGAUAUCUCUGUUGUAUGCAGAAAAACAAUAGGAAGUGUUCAGUAGUCGUACUUUGUCAUUGGCAGAACCUUCUCGUUGUUUAGUGUCGCUUUUUUUGUUGUUUGUUUGAUUUUUGCUUUGGAGAAAAAAAGUGUUUAUUGUGAUUAUUGUUAUUUAGUGAUGUGAUAAUUAAACAUUCAAUAAAAAUUGAUUCAAAUUC